AUGUGCUCGCCGGAGCCGGGCAGGGGGGGCGGGGGGCGGGGAGCACGAGGCGGUGGUCGUCGGAAUCACCAUGGUGGCGGCGGUGGCAGCAGCGGGGGGGGGGGUCUGUCGGAGUUUUGGUCGUGCCUAGACCCCAAGCAGCGGGACUCGCUGCUGACCAUCAACGGGAAGGCUGUGAGGGAUGCCCUGGACUGCGACUUGUGUCGUGACCUCGUCAGCUCUGCUACGUUCGCCCUAGAGGAAGAGACGAAGGUGGACAUGCAGCCGCCGCCACCACCGGGCACAGGUCCUAACGGCAACUCCAGCACCCUCGUCAAGUCUUCGAAGAAGAAGCCUCCAAAACAUUCUCCAAAACCAACGGCGUCCGGUCUUCGGGUAAUUGGGGACAAAGCCUUCAUGGCGGACUGGGUAGGGUGGCCAGAGAUGCAAAUGCGAUGGCCUUGCUACGUCAAGUAUCUCGCCGGAGUCUUCGCGUUACAGCAGACGGAGGUGUUGGAUAGGGCGGUGUCGGCGAUGUCGGAGAUCGAAGAGCCGUGGAGGCCGGUGCCGCCGGAGCCGGGGGAUCGGGGGUGCUACUGCAAGGGGAAGCUCAUCCUCAAGGUUGUGGACAUGCUAACGUACCCUCGACCAGUCAGGAAAUUCGAGGUGCUAGUAGAAGAUCAGAUGUCGCUCCUGGGCCUGAGAGAGAUAAUGCUCGUGAAUGUGAAGCUGGAAUCGGCGACCAAGCUCGUGCUUUUAACCAGGGGAAGAGCAAUCGGGCCUGAGAAGAACAACCACACUCUUCAAGAGCUAGGCUUCAAGAACAGGCAGCAAGUCGUCGUAUCCCAGGUGCUGGGCGGCCCUAGUACAGACGACUCUGGCACUGAAGAAAAGAACAGACAGUUCGUCGGCGAUCUGCUGUUCGGGGGAUCCACGCCAAACGAGGCCACCGCCACCGCCCCUAAGCUGAACAAGGCCACCGCCGGGGCGGCGGGCGGAGCAGGGGGGGGGGCGGGGGGGGCGUCUUCGGCCGUCGCCAACGGCGGCACCGUGGAUGGUAAUGCGUCACCCCCCCCCAAGGGUUCCGCGCCGGGCGCAACAUCACACGACGGGGGCACUGCUAGUAGCAGCGCUGGCCGGUUUGCCGGUCCGACUAGCAAGGGGAUGGAAGGGUGUCUCGCGAGGGAUUCUGCGUCGCCCCCUCCUCCGGUUGACCACUCGCCGGGUGCUGACGGUGGGGGAGCGGCGGAGGCAAGCAGGGGUAGGAAGCGGGCCGCGGAUGACCGAUACGACGAGGUUUACCACUACGAGGGGGCGGGCGACUUUGAUGACGACGGGAGCGGUCACGACGAUGACUUCGACGAUGAUGAGGAGGACGACGAGCAUAGCCACGGCAAGGAGCCGCCGUUGAUGGAGCGGGCGGAUAGCAUCAUGGACACGUUGGAAGCGGUACAUGCGCAGGAGACGGAGGCCUACGCGGUGCGGGGUCCAGAGUUGCUGGUUCUAUCCGUGCUCAAGUGCGGGCCGGACGGCGAGACUAACGGGGAGCCCGGCACAGGGCGCGUGCCUUCUCUCUUCGCUAACCAUGGAUUCCAGGUGCUCGGCCAGACCCUGAGUCGGCUCGCUCGAGGGAACAUCGCCCAAGCUUGGAAGGCGGAGCUGAAGGCUAGGGAGUACGAGAGCAGCCUGCUCAAAGAGUUAGAGGCCGAGCAGGGAGGUGCUGGAGAAGAGGAGGGGGCAGCUGCUAGGCGCCGCAGCAAGAAGGCCAAGAGGAAGGAAAGGGACAAGAAGCGUCGCGAGGAGGAGAAACGCCUCCAAGACGAGGAGAACGCCAAGAGGGAGCUGGCGAGACAGGAGAAGAUAAGGCUGGCGGAGGAGAGGGUCAUCGAGGAGCGCCGCGCCAGGCUGCUGCAGGAGAGGCAGGAGCAGGAGAGGCAAGAGGCACAGUGGAAGCUCGCGCAGGCACGCCGCAUGCAAGCGGAGGCGGAGCAGCUGGGGGCGCAAUUGUCCCUGCUCGGACUGCAGGACGAGACAAAGGGGGUAAAUGGCCUGUUUGAGAGGAAAAGGAUGCCGGCCAGGGGCCGCAACAAGAGUUGA